GAGGAACACACUUAUUCAUAAUCCGUAGCCUGUGGGGUUAGGUUUUCUCUCCUCAGCGGUUUUCAACACAGCGAGUUGAAAAGGAUCCCCACAAGCCCUCCUCUUCUCACUUGACAUGCCAACUUCUGGAGCCACAGGCACAAGGCAAGGUGUCAGGACCCACGACUAACCCCUGAGAGAUAGAGACGUGAGGAUUUGAAGACCAAGGCCAGCUUCAACUACAGGCCUCAGAGACUCUUUCUCCCAGCUCGCUGCUCCUCUGAAGCCGAAGCUUCACCUGUACAAUGACGAGCAGAUUCUAACCUGGGAGCCAUCACCUUCCAGCGAUGACUCGAGACCAGUGCUCUACCAGCAUCGAUGGCUCUUGGCAUAUGUUGGAUAGGCUGAACUGUACGGACAUCAUAGAAACGAAGUGCGACUUCACAGGAGGCGGCCGCUUGGGUUUCCCACACUCCUGCACAGUCUUCCUGCGAGUGCGAGCCAAGCAAGGAAAUCGCAAUUCCGACUGGGUGAGGCUGGACCCGUUUCAACACUAUGAGAAUGUUACGGUUGGACCUCCAAAAAACAUCUCAGUGACCCCAGGAAGAGGCUCCCUUGUCAUACACUUCUCCCCUCCCUUUGAUGUGGUCCGGGAGGCAACUUUUCAGUAUCUUGUCCACUACUGGGAAAAGACAGGAACCCAACAGGUUGAAGGCCCUUUCAAGAGCAACUCCAUUGUGCUGGGUAAUUUGAAGCCAUUCAGAGUAUAUUGUUUACAAACUGAGGCACAACUGAUUUUGAAAAACAAAAAUAUCCGACGACGUGGGCUUUUGAGCAAUGUAUCUUGUCACGAAACAACAGCAGAUGCCUCCACCAGGCUGCAGCAAGUCAUCCUGAUCCCUGUGGGCAUCUUCAUAUUGCUGCUGGCACUGACAGGAGCCUGCUUCAUCCUGUUCCUCAAAUACCAAAGCCGGGUGAAAUACUGGUUUCAAGCUCCACCAAACAUCCCGGAACAAAUAAAAGAGUAUUUAAAGGACCCAGAUCAAUUCAUCUUGGAGACCUUGGACAAGGACAAUUCACCAAAGGAUGAUUCCUGGGACUCCGUGUCAAUCAUUUCUUCUCCAGAAAAGGAGCAAGAUGAUGUGCUCCAAACACCAUGAACCAGGCUACGGUCUCUGUUUGACCAGGAGGACAGUGAUCAAGGCAACUGCAAGAGACCCCCAGUGCCCUGGGGACAUCUGCCUCCAGGAGGCCCCAGGGCCUGAGGAAGAUGGUGUAUUGUUUAUUCUUUAUGAGUUUUCUGUAUCCUACAAGGAUCUAAAAGGAUUCCACAGAAAGAUAUCUCAGGAAAAAAAAAACACUUUCUCUUAAAACACUAAAAAGACAGUUACUCAUUACUGGCAACGUGGCUGUAAGCCUAUAAGGCACCGUGGCUGUUAGCCUAUGAAGCUUUCUUCAGUGUUAGCUACCCCGGCUAUCAGAAGACUGGCUCCUUGCCUUCACUCUGGAAAAUGAGUUGUCCCAGCCAUCCGUGCCUGUCACAAAAAGGGGCCCUUAGUGUCCCCUUCAUGACCAGUGUGAUGGCUUAAAUGUGACACCCCUGGGCUCAGUGCUUGCCUAGCAGGUACAAGCCCCGCCCCAGCACCUCAUGCACAAUGAAGUGACUAAUCUUGUAAAUACUGUCCUGAUAAUUUAAGUCUUUUUUUUUAAAUCUAGAAAUAAAAGAUUGUAUAUUAAACUUUUUUUAAAAGUCUA